AUGGCUGUCAUUAGCUUCUACUGUAGAGAAACUAAACAGAUGCAGAUGUCUCUAAACUCGGGAUCUUUUGAUGUAACCCAACCGAAUUCUCCUUUCCUGAAUGGAUUAGGAGAUAAAACCCUACCUAACCCCUUCUCUUCCCCUCCGCCGCCGACGACCAAACCCCACCUCCCACCCCCCGCCGCCGACGAGCCACAGACGAAGAUGGCGGAGGUGAACCCGAAGGCGUACCCGCUCGCCGACUCGCAGCUGGCGCAGGCGAUCCAGGAGCUCGUCAGCCAGGCCGCCAACUACAAGCAGCUCAAGAAGGGCGCCAACGAAGCGACGAAGACGCUCAACAGAGGGAUCGCGGAGUUCGUGGUGAUGGCGGCCGACGCCGAGCCCCUCGAGAUCCUUCUCCACCUUCCCCUCCUCGCCGAGGACAAGAAUGUGCCAUACGUCUUUGUCCCAUCAAAGCAAGCUCUCGGCCGUGCAUGUGGGGUGACGAGGCCCGUGAUCGCCUGCUCGGUGACCAGCAAUGAGGCCAGCAACUUGAGAGAUCCAAUCAAUAACCUCAAGGUCGCUAUUGAGAAGCUCCUGAUCUGAUCAGUGAUCUGAUGAGGUGAAGUUCAACCAUGGCGUUUUCGGCGUGAAGGGCCUCACAAGGAGCCGGAGGCCUGGACUGGUGAUGGUGUCUCUGUGUUGCAGAUACCUGUGGUUCUAAGUUCCUUUUAUAUGUUUUUUGCCAGACAGUUUAGUCAGCUCCCAGUAUUAUGUCUGAGAAUUUUCUGCCAUUAAUCUUAAAGAGCAGUGAUUGAUCAGUUGAAUUAUUGAGUUCUCCAAUGAAUUGAUGUGUUCUGAGCAGGGUUGACAGUA